ACCUCAACAGCUGCGCAGAGUGGGCGUGACGACAGAGUAAGUAGAGAGGCAGCAGAAGUGGGGUGAAGUCUUUAAACAUCGUAUUCUGUGCGAAAAUACGCGCUUUGGAAUUGCUUAAGAAUCCUGUCGUCUGUAAUGUGCUUUGUUCAAGAGUUUUAAAGAUCAAUUUAAAGUAAAGCACUUUUCCAUGAGUUCCACAAGAGUUCUUCAUAUCCUCAGUCCCCCAAUGCCGGGUCCAGUUAUGCCUGUGGAUGUGGCUAUGCAGCUGUACAUAACCCAUUCUCCACCCCUGCACAGCUUCCUGAGCUCUUAUGAAGACUUCAGGACACGCAACAUGGUCAACACUUGCUACAAACCCCUGCGGCCCUGCUUGAGCUCCAGAGCCCACCUGGAGCCCACCUGCCUGGGCUGGCAGACACCAAAAUCCAAGGCCAAGAAAAAAGUUGUGUUUGCCGACUCUAAAGGCAUGUCAUUAACAGCGGUGCAUGUCUUCUCUACUAGUGAUAACAGAGAACCCGCUACAUUCCAGCUGCAGUAUGACCUGGAAGAUCUAGAGGACAUCACAGCUACUCUCCACAUAAACUCGGUCCAGAGCAGAAUUCUAGAUUUUCCACAGCCAGCAGCAGACUACCUGAAGUUCCGGAGUCGGCUGCUGAAGAACUCGGUUUGCUUGGAGAACUGUACCCUCCAGGAGCGUGCCCUCACUGGCACAAUCAAAGUGCGUAAUCUGGCCUAUGAGAAGUCUGUCCAUGUACGGAUCACCCUCGAAUCCUGGAAGAGCUACCAGGAUGUGGAAUGCACCUUUAUGAAUAAUGUGUAUGGUUGCCAGGAUACAGACACAUUCUCCUUUGCCAUCGAAUUGCCUGGGUACGUGCCCCCUCAGAAUAAGGUCGCAUUUUGCAUUAGCUAUAAAACAGGAGAGCAGACUUACUGGGACAACAAUGAUGGCAGGAAUUAUGGGCUGGUUUCAACAUCUUGGCAACAAAACAAUAAAUGGAACUCAGCAACACAGUCAAAAAAAACGGAACCCAGAAAGUUAGGUAGGAAAACAGACAACGGCGUUAAUAAAUGUAAAAGUGCCCUCCAUGCCAAUAGCCUUUUCCCAAAGUGGCAGAGUUGGGGGCACAUUCAGACCAGUGGCCCAUGCUGGUGACUUGUGCUGACAUGACUAACAGUGCCAAGUGUGUUUAAAAGUUGAUUAUGUGUCUCUCAGUAUUACAGGAUAACAACAGAAGCAGAUUAACAUUUUCUUAAAAGCUCUUUAAAUUAUUUAUCUGCGGUCUUAGAUAAAUUUACAGGUAGUUCAGAUGUUUGGAAACAGACCAAAAGGAAACAGAGGCAGUUUGGAAUGGACACAAAGAGUAAACCUUGCUUCUUUCAAGUGGAACAUGUUGGCUGCAGUGCAUUAUAAAGAUGUUUAAUUCUUUUGUUAAAGUAAAACUUGAUGACCCCUUUCCUGCUGGAUGUAUAGAUGCUUCUGUAAAUCAGACCACUAGGGGGUCUAAACUGAAACACUAUAUAACAUCUUUGUUGGUUUAUUAUAAAUUGUGCCUUUGUCUUAAGUUUACUGUGAGAAUCUUUGUAAAAAGCUGUCAUUGUUUCACACACAAUCUGCACCACAUCUGCAGACUGUUCAUUGUGCAAAAUUCAAGCCAUGCAUGCUCUGAUGAUUUAAAGAUGAUAUGUCUGGAAGACUGGAUGAGAUGAACACUUAGUGUUCAACCAGGGAGGUUAUCCUUCAUAUUGAAGGGGUAAACUUUACUUGGUUACACAUUUUAGAAGGAAUUGGAAAAAAGAAAGAAAUAUUAAUAUUUAUCAUAUUUAAUAUGUAAACAUUUCCUUGAAUAUAUCAACAUUCAAAUCAAUUUGGUUUAGAUCCUUUUGUUUAUCAAGCAUUCAGCAUAAAUCUGCAAGAUGUGUAUUUGUGCCUGUGUGUCUUUUUCUUACUCAUCUUUGUAUAGGAUGUGCUGGAAAUGUAAAUGUGCUAAACCUGUGCUAAACAGGUGAAUGCAAUAAGCUAAAAAAAAAAAAAGGCCUGAUAAUUGUCUUAAAAUUCUGUGCCUUAGGACUCUGCAGAGCAAAUGUCAGUGUGUUUUGUUAAUUUUAUGUUUAAGUGCAAUUCAGUGAGACUGAGUGGAAUAAUUGAUGUUAUGUCCUGAUUCAGCUGUAAAGAUGAGAAUGACUGUAUUUUAUUAAAGAAAGUAUGGAUGUCUGGGUAAAUGAGUAGCCUAUGUAUUUGGUGUGAUUGUUCUGAAAAAAAAAAAGUUUAAAAA